AUGUCUCCCACCCAAUCUCUUGGUAAACUCCUGGUUCUGAUUCUCAUCUCUUCAAGCUCUGCCAUGUCUCUCACUCGCUACACUGCACCCAUCCCCCAGGGCGCGAAGGUGGUCGAGACGCGUGAGCAACUCAACCAAGUAGUUCGGGAAAAUCCCGAGACUGUCCUGUAUGACCAGGAUGGCGGCUACAUGUUGAAAGAUGAGAGCGGAACCGUGGUUGCCAUUGCUGCAGACUCUCUGUGUCCCGAGUUGGACCAGGCCUUGGCCGAAGUCGAGGCCCUCCAAGCAGAGACGAAGCUGGCUGGCAAUGCCGGAGAACAAGGUGACACCACCAGCAAGAAGAGAGACGUUAAUAAUGUUCAGGACACUAAUCGUCCACUUCGUUGUUCUCAUCCUAGAUGCUUCAAUUCCGCCAUCUGCCUGACGUAUACCGAUUGUCACGUCUGUUUGCGAUCACACCACUUGGACUACCUCCAUGAAAUUGUGGCCAUGUAUCUAGUCAAUGCGUACCCAGGCGUAGGCGAUUACUACAUCAGAGAGACUCAAGUCAGCCCCAAAUUGUCUUCUUUAUCAGCUACAGGAUCAAUUAUGCGCACCACAUAUACAUGA